UCUAGGGUCUGGCCAAGGGGCAGACUAAUUAUCUUUCGGCGUAUCCUAAACGUUCUGUGCUUUCCUGAGAACCGGUGUCAUUUUUCCUCCUCGCCACAUCAAAUUUCACAAGCAGUACGGUAACGGGUCAAUGUGAGGCGACCCCGAAGUUCCUCCCUCUUAUAUACAGUGUUCCCUGGUGUCCUCUCUUCUUCAGCAAGCCAAACGACAUGGAUUACGACCCGUACGACGCUCUUCUUCAUCACGUUUACCAACAGACUCAGGGCGAGGCAUGGUUUCGACCCUCAGAAGACAUCGCAACAGGUGUCUGUCUUCGUGUGGAGACAGGACAUUACCGCGUUUUCCCGUAUGAUCAGAUGUCACUGGCUCCAUUUGAGGCUGCAGUCAGACUGCUCAAUCCAGUCGUUGCUGUUAAAAUCCGCAGUGCCGCCGUUCAUGCCGCGUUCUCUACAAUAACUGAUGCAGACACUUCGAUCUAUAUUGAUUCCGACACGAAGAUACAGGUGUUCGAUUCUAUGAACUGCCUACCCCGGGCCGAGAAGGAACAGUGCGGGGCUUUCAUUCGCGAUGAACGAGUCAUCGUGAUAUGGUCAGAUAGUUUUGACGAUAUCAUACCUUUGUGCCGUGACUUGGAGGAAAAGCUCAUCAAGUUGGUUUGGCGCUUCCGUCAUGUGACAUCAUCUGUACCUAGCACCCCGCCUUCCACCAACACCGGGUCAGCUGCCGCUUCUGAUGCUAAUUUGGCAGAAAAAAAUGCGGUGCUCACAGAAGGCAUCCCUAUCACGGAGAAAGAGCGCAACAAUAUGCAUUCGAAAUCAUCACGUAAGAAAUCGAAGUGGGGCUGGAGUUGGCGCGUGUCACCGGAGAAGAGAGCCAUGUAUGCCGAAGAAGCUGACCUAGAGAGGGAAGGUUCUUCUGGAAGUCAAGGCCCGCGUCCCCUCCGGCUCUACGCUCCAUUUUACUGUGGCCUCGCGACCGCGUUAUCAAUAUUUUUCAUUGGCAGUGGUGCCAGCGUCUUGCUGGCCGAAUGGCUUCUCGAUGACAAUUACACUCGUUUCAUCUUGCUCGUGACAUCCCCCUUCCUCUUUUGUAUAUCACUGUUCUUCUGUUUGCAGCUUGUGGGCAACUUGUCCUUGGUGCUUGGGCCGGUUGCUCAGUACCAUGAGAAUUCAAGAUAUUACUCCGCAGUGCCCCCACCACCGAACAAGGAAGUCGACGCAGCCUUACCCCACAUUACCAUCGAACUUCCGGUGUUCAAGGAGAGUCUAGAACAAACGAUUUCGCCCUCGGUGUUUUCGAUCAAGAAGGCGAUGCAGACUUACGCCAGGCAGGGCGGCUCGUCUGCUAUUUUCGUGCAUGACGACGGGUUGCAGCUCAUCAGCGCCAAAGAGCGGGAAGAGCGCAUUGCAUUCUAUGCUGACCACAACAUCGGAUGGGUCGCGCGCCCGAAGCACGAUAGUGCACCUGACGGCUUCAAGCGCGCUGGCCGGUUCAAAAAGGCAUCGAACAUGAACUACGGCCUUGCGUUAAGUUUGAAGCUUGAGAAACAUCUGAAGGUGCUCGAAGAGGCUGAGCAGGCGGGUGAGCUGGAUGACAGCGAGUACGGCUCUCUCGAAGAUAGAGCGCUGGCAUUGGCCACGGAGGAGGUUUACAACGAGAGCGGUGGCAAGUGGCGUCCCUGGGCAAGCAAUGGGAGGUCUUUACGCGUUGGAGAAAUCAUUUUGAUCGUCGAUUCAGACACGAUUGUGCCCGAGGAUUGUUUCCGCGAUGCCGCACGAGAGCUUGCAGAGAGCCCAGAUGUCGGUAUCAUCCAGCAUGAAUCGGAUGUAAUGCAAGUCGCGCAUCACUACUUCGAGAACGGUAUUGCGCACUUCACACGGCGGAUUAACAAGUGCAUUUCAAUCGGGUGUGCGAACGGGGAAGUAGCUCCUUUCGUGGGGCACAACGCUUUUCUACGGUGGUCGGCUCUCCAGGAUGCGGCGUUCAUCGAUCCUGCAGAUGGGAAGAAGAAGAUAUGGUCCGAGUCGAAUGUCUCCGAAGACUUUGACAUGGCUUUGCGGUUGCAGCUGAAGCAUUACAGUAUCCGAUGGGCGUCGUACUCCAAGGGUGGAUUCAAGGAAGGAGUGUCCCUCACUGUCGAUGACGAGUUGAAUCGGUGGCAGAAGUACUCAUACGGGUGCAAUGAGCUUAUAUUCAAUCCGCUCGUUCAUUGGUGGAAGAUGGGACCCAUUGCUAAGCAGCUCCGUGUUUUCGUGUGGUCUGGAGCCCCAGUGCAUUAUAAGCUUAGUAUGAUGGCUUACAUGUUCUCGUAUUACGGCAUUGCAGCGGCGGGGGUUCUCUCUUUGCUCAACUACCUGUUGCUAGGCUUUCAAAUUGAAAUCGAUGGGUUCUUCUUACACAGCUUUGAAAUCUGGCUGGCAUGUACUGUCGUCUUCCCCGGGAUUGGAAAUCUCGGAUUUACGCUUCUCGAGUACCGUCUGGGUCACCGCAAUAUUCUCGCUUCGGCACUCGAGAACGUGACCUGGAUACCUUUCUUUUUCUUCUUCUUUGGGGGCCUAAGCAUUCACCUGUCUCAAGCAUUACUCUCCCAUCUAUUUUCUUACAACAUCACGUGGGGUGCUACGAAGAAGGAGGUCGAGCGGUCCAACUUCUUCAUUGAAGUUCCGAGGAUCCUAAAGCGCUUUCGCGUUACAUUGAUACUGUCCAUGAUCGUUGUGGUGGGGAUGAUUAUCCUUAGCACGUCACUUGUGCCCUCUGGGUGGCGGGUGGACUCGGCUGACUGGGCAGUUGUCAUGCCGCUUGCCAUCAUGGUCGGAAGCCACAUUCUCUUCCCUAUUGUCCUCAACCCUUGGUUGAUGAUUUUCUCAUACUAGAAUCAGUACCUGACACUGCAUAAAUGCUUUUUACGCAUUUAGGAAUUUUGGCAUAGGCUAUGUUU